AUGGAGUACAUAAGAAGGAGACUGUCUGAGACAAACUUGGGUUUAACCGGCGCUGACGGUCAACCCUCCUCGACGAUGGACGCUGCUCCUACUAAUGGAUACAUGGUCCCAACAGCGAGUUCUACUACAAAUUCUUUAGCAAGCAGAGCGUCAGAUUCCACAGGAAUAUCAAGACAAGGUGAAAUGACACAACAAUCGACCGAUCAGCCGCAAAAAAGCAAAGCCGGAUUCUUCAGCGGCAUCAUGAACAAUCCAGCCGAGAGAGUUUCCCACUCAUCAGGGCCGAAUUUGUCGAACGCUGCUUCUACUGCAUCUAAUUUUCUUUCAAACAUGGCUAGUGCUGUCAAUGUCGGCCAAAAAACAGACUCGUCGUCAAAAUGCCUACUGGUUAUCGAAAAUCGCGCGACAGAUUGGGGGAAGGCUUUUGCGAAUAAGACGGUUCAAGGGAUGAGAUUCAGAGUUGAGCAGCAUACGUUCGAUGAUUUGACUAUUAUCGCCACUAAUGAGGGCAUGGUCCAGGCGUGUUCGAGAAAACUCAGGGAAGAAAACAAAGAAAUUCGUUUCCGCCCCGACUUCAUUCUCAUCCGACAACAACCAUUGACCAAGCAGCAUCGAAGCGUUCUUUUGGGACUGAAGCUCGGUGGGAUUCCGUCGAUUAACUCGCUCCACUCAAUUUAUAACAUGUUCGACCCGCCAUGGGUUUUUGCCCAGCUUGCUAGGAUACGAAUGCGAUUUGGAGCAGAGUUUCCCGUGACAACGACCACAUUUAUGCCCAAUGCUAAUAGUCUCCGUCGAUUCCGCGACUUUCCCGCAAUUGUCAGCUCUUCAAAUAGAUCAGACGCCCGACUGCGGAUUAGAAACCGCGAACAGGUAGAAGACAUCAUUCCAAUCUUGCAACAAAUCGACGACUACAUCAUGGUCGAGCCACUGGUGAAAGCGGCUUACGAGCUCCACGUCACGCGAAUUGGCGGAAUCUACUCCGUCUAUGUCCGCACCUCGCCUCAAGAAGGGAAUCCUGUGGUCGAGCGCGUUGAAAUAACUCCAAGGUAUAAACUGUGGAUAGAUGCAGUUUGCGAGCUAUUUGGUGGACUUGACAUUGCUGGAAUACGGGCGAUCCACACUGCUGAUGGUCGGGAUAUCAUCGUGAACGUCGAGAGCAGUUGGCUGAAUUUACAAACUGUAGCGGCUCAAAAUGAUGAAGCACUGAUUGCGGAUGUGAUUGUCAAGAAAAUGGAGCUCGCGAGCCGGCCGCAGUCGAUAGCAAAAAAUGCUGGGCAGACGGUCGUGAAUCCGCACCACAAGAAAAUGGUGAGUGAGCCCUGUACUCCAGAGCGACCAACCCCGAAAGUUAGGCAAUCGUUGCCCAAUUCGCCCAGUUCGGCUAGAAAGAAUACAUUUGUCCCCAACCCCUUGGACGGCGAAAACGCAGAAAAAAUUCGUGAUAUGCGAAAUUCCUUCAUGAGCUAUUUCAACAAAUAA